AAAGUAAACAAACGGACGAACCACGAACUAUUCCACCAAGGCGCUAAAUCGUGGCUAAAUAAAAGAGCAAAGUUAAAGUGACGGGAUAAGGGAACGCUAUAUCAAAGAAAGAUCAAGAAAACUUCACUAAAUAAUCUGGCGCAUUAAUGCUCGCAGUGUGUGUUUAUUUAUCUCGCUAUGUUAUUGCUGGGAGUCAUUUCAAUAAUUUCGACUUUCGAAGUUUACUUGUUUUGUUCCGCUCUGUGGCGUGUGAAGAGUGAAGGUCUCACGCAAUAACAAUAUAAGUCAAGAUACAACGUACCUAAAUCAUGGCUAAGAUACCAUCAGUGGUACAUUGGUUUCGUUUAGAUUUGCGUAUCCAUGAUAACCUUGCACUUCGCAACGCUAUCAAUGAGGCUGAAAACAGAAAAUAUUUGUUGAGACCAGUUUAUGUCCUGGACCCUGAUAUAGCAAGCAAAGUUGGAGCAAAUAGACUAAGAUUUCUCAUACAAAGUUUGCAAGAUCUUGAUACCAAUUUACGGAAACUCAAUUCAUGUUUGUUUAUUCUGAGAGGAAAAGCUUCAGAAUUGUUACCAAAGCUGUUUGAUGAAUGGCAAGUCAAAUAUUUGACUACCCAAGUUGAUAUAGAUCCAGAAAUACUCAAGGAAGAAGAAAUAGUAGAAAAGGUUGCCAAUGAAAAGGAUAUAUUUAUAGUUAAGCGAGUUCAACAUACAGUGUUUGAUACACAAAGUGUUUUAAAAAAGAAUAAUGAUUGUGUUCCAUUGACAUACCAAAAAUUUUUGUCACUGGUCCAGGAAAUUCAAGUAAAAGAUACAAUAGAAAUUACAAAGAGUUUAUCAGAUCAUUGUAAACCUUCAGAUUACUGCGAUAACAAUAAUGUACCUCUGUUAAGUGAGUUGGGUAUAGAUGAAUCCAUGUUGACCGCAUGUAAAUAUCCAGGAGGAGAAACAGAAGGCCUGAAGAGAUUGCACAUGUAUAUGGCAAAAAAACAGUGGGUUUGUAAAUUUGAAAAGCCUAAUUCUUCACCUAACAGUAUUGAACCUAGUACUACAGUUCUGAGUCCGUACAUAAGCCACGGAUGUGUGUCUUCCAAGCUGUUCUAUCACAAGUUGAAGGAGGUGGAGAAUGGUAUACCCCAUACAAUGCCACCAGUGUCUCUUAUGGGUCAGUUAAUGUGGAGGGAGUUUUAUUACACAGCAGGUACUGGAACUGAAAAUUUUGAUAAGAUGGUUGGAAACAAACUGUGUACACAGAUACCUUGGGCUAGCAAUGAUGAACAAUUGAAGGCUUGGGCAGAAGGCAGGACCGGAUACCCGUUUGUGGAUGCUAUAAUGCGUCAACUAAAAGAGGAAGGCUGGAUUCAUCAUUUGGCCCGGCACAUGGUUGCCUGUUUCCUGACUAGAGGUGAUUUAUGGAUCUCUUGGGAAGAAGGAGCUAAAGUAUUUGAAGGCUAUUUAUUGGAUUAUGAUUGGUCAUUAAAUGCUGGGAAUUGGAUGUGGCUGUCAGCUUCAGCAUUCUUCUAUAAAUAUUUCAGAGUAUAUAGUCCAGUGGCAUUUGGUAAGAAAACUGACAAAGAAGGUUUGUAUAUAAGAAAAUAUGUGCCUGAAUUGAAAAAAUAUCCAACUGAAUAUAUUUAUGAGCCAUGGAAAGCACCUCAAAAUGUACAAAAGGCUGCUGACUGUAUCAUUGGUGAGGGGUAUCCUCAAAGAAUUGUAGAUCAUGACAAAAUACACAAAGAGAAUAUGCAAAAAAUGUCUGUAGCAUAUAAAGCCAAUAAGGAGAAGAAAUCUCUAAAAAGACCAAGAUCUUAAAAUUUCCAUACUUAAUUUAAAUUAUGUUAACAAAAUUAAAAAGUACAAAUAAAAGAUAAUGUUUAAAAUA